CCGAGGCGGCGGAGGCUGCAGAGGCUGCAGAGGCAGCGGCUGCUGGCCAGGCGCCGCGGCGGCUCCCGGGACAGGACGGGCCUGGGCACGGGAACGGAGCUCUGGAGCCGGGCGGUAGCGGGGCUCGGCGUGCGGCCGUCCUCCGCCUGCUCCUGCAGCCCUGCGCGGGGGGCGCCGCCUCCGCUUCCUCCCUCUGCACGGCGGCGGCGUCAUUCCUUCUGCUAUGAUGCCAGGGCAGAUCCCAGACCCUUCCUUGACAGCAGGCGCUUUGCCAGGGCUUGGCCCCUUGACGGGACUCCCCGGCACUGCUCUGACAGCAGAGGAGCUGAAGUACGCUGACAUCCGUAACAUCGGUGCUGUGAUCUCACCCUUACAUUUCCUGGAGGUGAAAUUGGGGAAGAGGCCUCAGCCUGUGAAGAGUGAGCUAGAUGAGGAAGAGGAGCGGAGGAAAAGGCGCCGGGAGAAGAACAAAGUAGCAGCAGCUCGAUGCCGGAACAAAAAGAAAGAGAGGACAGAGUUUCUGCAAAGGGAAUCCGAGCGCUUGGAACUCAUGAACGCAGAACUGAAGGCACAAAUCGAGGAGCUGAAGCAGGAAAGGCAGCAGCUGAUCUUGAUGUUGAACCGCCAUCGUCCCACUUGUAUCGUGAGGACAGACAGUGUCAAGACGCCGGAGUCUGAAGCCAACCCACUACUCGAACAACUUGAGAAGAAGUGAAAGUGGAUUGGGAGAAGAAAGAAGAAAGAGGAUGAGGAGGGAGGAGGACACAGGGUCCCACGUGGGGCCUUUGUUUUUGUGUGAAAAAACUUUGCAACAAGGCUCAGCACCGCCAGAGUACAGCGGGCUUCUUUGUGGAAUACAGACCAGCAACACAUGGGGAAGGGAGGGUUGAGGGAAGCUUGAGAUCAGCGAUGAACUGAGACCAAAGUAGAAACGGGGGAGGGAGAUGAUCCAGUGCCUGGGGUUCCAGUGAUGCAGGAGAGAGGGGUGAAUGAAGGGACGUCCCAACCUCCAUGGCCACAAUCUCCUCUCCCAUCAUUUCCCAUCAGUCUACCUGUCUUUGGGACAUCUCCUGGCAUUGGAAAAGUUUAAGUUGAAUAGGAAAAAAAAAAUCCAAAUGGAGUUCAGAAUACAAUUUCAGUAACUACCCCCUAACCCCCUACCCCCCAAGUAACACAGCCAAGCAGGAGAGGGAUGUGAUACAGGACCAACAAGCACUCUCAGUGGCCGCCAUCUGCAUGUCCCUGUCCCAUCAUCAUCCCCCUGGAUCCUGCCGACGCUCUUCCUGUGUCCCUGGGAAGAGCCCUCCUUACCAGACCUCGCUCCCUGCUGGAGUUUGCUGUGGGCACUGAGGCGCGGGCGCCCUUCCAAAGCACAUACUCACUCUAAUGUUUACAGCCUGGCUGUCCCGGCAGUGCUUUAAACUGCACAUUUUUACACUUCUCUCUUUUUUUUUUUUUAAUAUUUUUUACAAAAAGAAAAAAGGUUUUAUACAGCAAUAUAUAUAUGGAUUUAUAUAAUCACUCGACGUGAUAUGGUAUAAAUAUGUUAUGGUUUGUUUGUUACGAACAAAUACUCCACAGUUAUUACCAUUGUGUGUAAGUCAGUGUUAAGUGCUGUAGUCCCUGGGCGCCCUAGGGCUGGUGCCCGUGGAGGGGAUGCCUGAUGCCUGAUGCAGUGAUCCCGAAGGGGGUGAUGCCCGUUUCCAUCCGUGUAAGCCCUUCAUAGUACUCAGUCCUG